AUGGGACCCUAUGUGAGAAAAGUCCUGUGUGAGGAGCUGGGCGCCCCAGCCAAUUCUGCCAUAAACUGCGUUCCGCUGGAAGAUUUCGGCGGGCAGCAUCCUGACCCAAACCUGACGUACGCAACAACCCUUCUAGAAGCUAUGAAGGGAGGAGAAUAUGGAUUUGGAGCUGCAUUUGAUGCUGAUGGGGACCGGUACAUGAUUCUUGGCCAAAAUGGCUUCUUCGUAAGCCCUUCCGACUCCCUGGCCAUCAUGGCCGCCAACCUCUCUUGCAUUCCGUAUUUCCGGCAGAUGGGGGUCCGAGGGUUUGGGAGGAGUAUGCCCACCAGUACGGCCCUGGACAGAGUGGCCAAAUCGAUGAAGGUUCCUGUGUAUGAGACCCCAGCCGGAUGGAGAUUCUUCUCGAAUCUGAUGGACUCAGGACGGUGCUCUCUGUGUGGAGAAGAGAGCUUUGGCACUGGCUCUGACCACCUCCGGGAAAAAGAUGGCCUCUGGGCUGUCUUGGUCUGGCUUUCCAUUCUGGCUGCCCGGAAGCAGAGUGUGGAGGAAAUUGUCCGGGAUCACUGGGCCAAAUUUGGCCGCCACUAUUAUUGCAGCUCACUGAGAAUUCCCAUCCUGUCCCCGUGGUUACACAGAGCCCAACUGGAGAUCCCACCAUCGCCAAUUGGGCAAAGCUGCCCCUCUGAGGGCUACUUUCUUAAACAGAUCCCUCUGGGUAUUCCUGCCACUGAUGAAAACAGAUGCAUGGAGAAUGAAGACAUUCUGAGCCAAAACCAAAUUAAUACUGCCACAGCCCUGUCCCCACGCCACCCUGGUGGCCAGGGUGUACAGCAAGAAGGACAGAGCCAGGAGGAUGAAGUUGUAUACAGAAACUCGAGGACACAGCUGAGCCUCCAACAUUUCAUUGUAGGCUUUCCUUGCUACCAAGGGAAUGGCCUGAGGAUCAUUUUCUCAGACGCGUCACGGCUCAUCUUUCGGCUCAGUUCCUCCAGCGGCAUGCGGGCCACCAUCAGACUGUACGCGGAGAGCUACGAGAGGGACCCCAGCGGUCAUGACCAGGAGCCUCAGGCAGUGCUGAGUCCUCUCAUAGCCAUUGCGCUGAAAAUCUCCCAGAUUCAUGAGAGAACCGGCCGGAGGGGCCCCACAGUCAUCACCUGAAUGGAGGAAGGAUCAGUGACAAUGGCCAAAAGAGAGCGCUUGGCGGGAGACACUUCA